AUGAGGAAGUACCUGUGCCUGAGUUUCAUCUGGGGCCGAACAUCCCACCCGGCUCCCCCAGCCUUGUCCCCGGCCCGGCGCGGCCCGGAACGCUCCGCCCGCCGCCGCAGUUCCGCGCCGUGCGCGGCGUUCGGCUGCACCGGCGAAGACGCGGCCGGGCCGGAGCGCGGGCCUGAGCCUGGGCGAGAGCGGGCCGGCUGGGCCGAGCGCCCAGGGCAAAGACAGUGCCCCCUGUCCCGCAGGUACAUCACGUGCGCCGAGUACACGCAGUUCUACGGGGGCAAGAAAGCAGACCUUCCUCGAACUAAUUUUAGACGUUUAUCAUUUGAUCACUGCAGUUUGUCUCUGCAGCCGUUUGAAUACCCAGUUUGCACACCAGAUGGGACAGUCUUUGACAUACUGAGCAUUGUUCCUUGGAUAAAGAAAUAUGGAACCAAUCCAAUCACAGGAGAAAAACUAGAUGCCAAAUCACUUAUAAAGCUGAAUUUUGCUAAAAACAGUGAAGGCAAGUACCACUGUCCAGUGCUAUUCACUGUAUUCACCAAUAACUCCCAUAUUGUGGCCAUCAAGACUACUGGAAAUGUAUUUGCCUAUGAGGCAGUGGAGCAGCUGAACAUAAAACCAAAGAGCUACAAGGAUCUCCUGACAGACGAGCCCUUCACUCGGCAGGACAUUGUGACACUGCAGGAUCCAACAAACCUGGAUAAGUUCAAUGUCUCAAACUUCUUUCACGUUAAGAACAACAUAAAAGUAGUUGAUCCAGAUGAAGAAAAAGCAAAAUUGGAUCCAUCUUACUAUUUGAAAAAUACAAACACAGAGACCCGAGAGACUUUACUGGAGCUUUAUAAGGAAUUCAAAGGCGAUGAUAUUUUAGCAGCUACUAUGAAGGCUCCUGAAAAGAAGAAGGUGGAUAAGCUGAAUGCAGCUCACUAUUCCACUGGAGCUGUAAGUGCUUCCUUCACCUCCACUGCAAUGGUGCCUGAAACUACUCACGAAGCAGCUGCUAUUGAAGAUGAUGUUGUGAGGUACCAGUAUGUGAAGAAGAAGGGAUAUGUGCGACUUCACACUAAUAAAGGAGACCUAAACCUGGAGCUGCACUGUGACAUGACACCCCGAACAUGUGAAAAUUUUAUCAAAUUGUGCAAGAAGAACUAUUAUGAUGGAACAAUUUUUCACCGAUCGAUUCGGAAUUUUGUGAUCCAAGGAGGUGAUCCUACUGGGACAGGAACAGGAGGAGAAUCUUACUGGGGAAAACCUUUCAAAGAUGAAUUCAAGCCCAAUUUGUCCCACACAGGACGUGGUGUUCUUAGUAUGGCAAAUUCAGGACCCAAUACAAACAAAUCACAGUUCUUCAUCACAUUCCGCUCUUGUGCGUAUCUGGACAAGAAGCACACAGUUUUUGGAAGGGUGGUUGGUGGCUUUGAGACUCUGACUGCUAUGGAGAAUGUGGAAAGUGACCCAAAAACAGACCGUCCCAAGGAGGAAAUACAAAUUCAGACGACGACGGUGUUUGUUGAUCCCUAUGAAGAGGCUGAUGCACAGGUCACUGCUGAAAGAGAGAAGUUCCAGCAGGAAGAAGAAGCAGCCAAAACAAAAGCUGAGGUGGUCCCACCACAGAAGGAGGUCCAGGCUCCUAAAACUUACCGGCAGGGGAUUGGAAAAUACAUCAACAUGGCUGCAGCGAAGCGCAGCGCAGAGGAGGACGGGCCCUCGACCAGCACAGCUGCGAAGAAAGAGAAAAAGAGCUCAGGCUUUGGGGACUUCAGCUCCUGGUAGCAGCACGGGGAGCCCAGCACUGGGGCAGCACAGCAACAACAGAAAAGGAGCCUCCCACGUGUCCCCAGAGAGCCUGAAAGACAGUCUGUCCUGGGGAGGGAAGGCACUGGCCUGCCCUUCCCCUGGGAAAGAGAACUGCUGCUUUGUUGAGGCCGGUUAAUGUGGCUUUGUUUUCUAGAGAGCUCGUCCCCCCACGCUGCAUCUUCCUCGAAGGCCGUUGUGUUGUUGUUUUGCGAAGCAGGGGCAGGCAGCCCAGCUCCCCAGGGCUCAGCUGGAGCCUUUCUCUGCAUGGCUGGCAGUGGCCCAGGCAGAGCCCAGCCCCACAGGACGCUGCAGGGAGCAGGACGGGGGUGAAAGAGCUCCUUUCACAGGUAAUGAUCCCCAGACCGGCCGUGUGCCAAGCAAAGGAAUGAGUGAAUGUGCUGGGAAGUGCCUGUGCUGCUGCAGGGCUCUGUGCAGGGGCCCCAGCCUGUCCUACCCUUCCCUUCCAGCUGCCUCUUGCUGCUUCUCAACAAGGACCAAUUUUGUCUCUUGCUCUUUGUGGGCCUGCUGGGAUGGUGCCUUGGUCUCCAAAGGGCCUCGCUGGCUCCACAACGAGCUCUCUCUGAACCUGUUAAAGUGUCAACAGCCUGGGGGAAGCUGCAAAUGUAGAUGGGGAUCCUGGGGUAACUGCACCACUUGUUGCUCCCAGUGGCUGCCCUUCCCUGAGCCACUGGACAGCCAGAGGGGCCAGGAUGCACCAGCUGACACCUGCCCUCAGGUCCCAGAAACUGCAGCCUGGAGCAACUGAGCAGGAACAGAAAGAACCGUCCCUAAGGCUGCUCCUUGCAGGGGAACACAGCCCGUGUCUGCCCUGACAUCAGGCUUCCCAUCACUAGGGAAAACCAUAUAAUAGAGCUGGCAGGCAUCUCGGAUAUUUCCGUUUCAUGCCCACAAAUUAUUAGGAAUCUUAAUAAAGCCUUAUGGAGUAAAGGGAUAUCAGCCUGUGAAGUUUUAGUCCCAAAACAUCUGUGUGUUACCUUCGCUUAGAUGUUGCAGGCUCUGUCCUGAAUGUUACUUUGGAGUUCAUCUUAGGUGUUUUCAGGUGAGAGAAAUGCCCUUCCUACCUCCUGUGUGGCUGAGGAGAAAGUUUUGUAAUCCCCUUUGGAACAAUACAUUUGUAUCGGUGGUUUCAUGUUUUAAGAGAAGACUCCACUUAUAUAAAAUUGCUGUAAAAACUUUUGGUAAAAUAUUUUGCAUUAAAUGCUUUUAUUUUCUUUUGA